CACUGCUCUGAUCAAAAUGUACAUCAGUGGGAAUAUAUAGUAGCUCGGUGCCAUCCCACCACAAGGAACUUAACAACACUUGUAAAACUGUUGUUGAUUUCAACAUAUUGUUGUGUGAGUAAUUGUUCAGUGUGCCAUUUGUGUGUAAUUUCAGAAUAAGCUGGGAUUUCUAGUGUGUACACCAAUGUGUAAAGUGAGAACAGAAUUUUGGAUACAUCAUCUACAUUUCCGAUCAAGUGUGUGAUUAUAAACCUAGCUAACCUGGAUUUUUUAUUGUUUAUAUCACAGAACAUUAUCUUGGAGUAGGGCUAAACAGAUUCUCAGGACUAUAAUGGAAUAAUGGAUUAAUAACACAGAAAGGAAGCAAUAAGGAAUUUAGUGAGUUAGCAGUUUUGGAUUAUUAAAUCUCAAGGAUAAAUUUGUGACAGACGAGUCGGCAACAAAAAGUUAGAUUGUGCUGAUACUGUACAUUCCAAAUAGACAGGAACUUCUUGAAUUUUACUGGUCUUCAUCCAUUACUGGUUUUAACUCCAAUAUGGCAGGUACAGAGGUGUGGCUAGCUGUUCCUGUCAUGAUAGUGCUCUCCAUUGUCCAAGAUGUUAUGAGCGUUCAAGAGUUUUACAAGCAGCCCACUAACCAGUCUGCUGUUGAAGGUUCGACUAUAGUUUUACGUUGUAUUAUCAAGAACCGAGUUGGCAUUGUACAGUGGACACGCGGAGGGUUUGGACUUGGUACCAAGAGAGACUUGCCUGGCUUUCAGAGGUACACCAUGAUAGGGACCAAGGGUAUCACAGAGUCUACAGAUGAAUAUAGUUUGAAGAUAGAAGAGUUAGAACUAGAAGAUGACAGUCAUUAUUCGUGUCAGGUCAGCGCGAUGAACGAUGAACCAUUUAUAGUCAGUGAUGUUGCUUAUAUCACAGUUCUUAUCCCGCCAAGCCGGCCAAUGUUAUCAGGUACAUUAAUACCAGUUAGACUUGACACACCUACAAAUGUCUCGUGUAGCGUGUUGAACGGACGUCCAAAACCGAAGAUCACAUGGAAGAAAGACGAUGUUACAAUUACAGAUAAAUUGUUUGAGGUCGCAACACUACAGACUGAUGGGAAGCGUGUUGAUGUAACAGGAAUUGUGACAAUAACAGCGACUGCAGCAGAUGCUGGGAAGAAGAUCGAGUGUGGGGCAUGGAAUGGGGCUCUUAAAGACCAGGAUCCUUUGUGGACACAGGCAACUCUUGAUGUACAGUAUGCUCCAAAGAUUAGAAUGGUUCACAGUAAUCCCGACAAAACUAUGAAGGAAUUUGAUAAUGUAGAAUUUAAAUGUUCAGGGGAGGCUAAUCCGUAUGAAAUAACUUGGAAAUGGUAUAUUGAUGAAGAAUUGAUACCAGACCAGACAAGUAACAAAUAUCGUAUAGAAAAGAUGCCACGUAAAUACCAUGGCAGUACUAUAAAGUGUGAGGCUACCAAUAGUGUGGGUAGUACAUCAGUUGAACAUGCUAUGAAUAUAUUAUAUGGGCCAUUAUUUAAAGAUAAAGAACCGCAGCAUGUACCUGUUGACGUCGGAGAACGCGCUGAACUUCGGUGUGAGGCAGAUGGCAAUCCGACGGCAGAGGUAACGUGGCGACGUCAAGGGAAGUACACUGUUCUACACACAAGCUCGACAUAUGUUAUACCAAGUGUACGAGAGGGCAUGUUUGGUGUAUACACGUGUACAGCGACGGUUCUCGGCUUCAAUGAAAUCAGCAGGGAUAUUUAUGUCACUGAAAAUGGUCCACCAGAGAUUAUCAGUGAUGUGACACAAUAUGGCGAGAAAGAUGAACAGAUUAUGAUUCUAUGUAUGAGUAUAUCCUCCCCUAAACCCAUCUUUAUCUGGUCUCGUAACGGUGAACCCAUAGAUUAUGCAACUUCGGGACGAUUCUCAACGUCUGAGGAGCCACUGCCGUAUGGCGGGAAAAGUUACCUACAGAUAAUUAAUGCUAAAGAGGAAGACUUUGGUGUAUAUAAUUGUACGGUAACCAAUGGAAAGGGAAUGGCAUCAUUAAUGAUCACAUUAGAAGAGACAGAUGAGAUGCCGGUGGCAUUGAUGAUUGCUGGUGGUGUUGGCGCGGCAGCUGUUAUUUUAUUUAUUGGGCUGGCAGGGUACGGUUACCAUAGAUGCAGACAUUCAGACAAUGAAUCAUACGCUGAGACGGACAGUAACACUGAGAUCCGAAAACGAGACAAAAAUGAGUCACCGUCGGAGAUGACGAAAUCUACGCUGAUGGAUCAAUGGAGACAAGAUUAUAAUUAUAGAUAUUCCGCAGACUUCGAUGAGGUUGAUGCGAAGGGUAAGAAUGGACAAUAUGUUGGUGACACAGAGAGAUAUGGCACCAUGCCAACUAAUUACACAAAUGGUCAUAUCUAUACAGAUCAGAAUGGCGAUGAUCUUGGUCCAUUAAACAGGUUUGAGAACAGCUACAGCACUGGUUAUAUUCCAUCAACGUUCAGAAGUCCUUCUAGAACAGACUUUACUAGUGGUAGAAUUACAGCUAAUGAUCUAAAUAGUGGUAGAGUGUCCGUCAAUGACUUUACAACUGGUCGAAUUUCUGCAAACAAUUUAAAUAGUGGCCGAGUGUCGGCAACAGACUUUACUUCCGGUAGAAUCUCAACCGAACCGUUAGAACCAUUCAGACUGCCUGCUGCUGACUUUACAACAACCAAACUGGCUACAAAUGUGUAGGGCAUUCUGAUUGGUCAGUUUUGAAACAGUCAUUGUGUUAUAAGUAUAAGAAGUGUGAUUUCAUUGGAUGAAUUUUGAAUGUUGUUAAGUGCAAUUUGAUUGGAUAGUUAAGAAAGGUUGCAGAGUAAAAGUGAAGAUAUGUACAUGUGUAGUCAUCCAGCGACCAAGUUAAUGAAAUGAGGUUGAUUAUUGACAACUGUUGAAGGCAGAAUGUGUCUAUAAAUGAAUGUAUAAGAAUAUUCCAGCUGAAUUGAAAAGACAGAAGACACUCAUUCCAAAAUCUGUGCAAGAAAGGUUUUUUUCUAACAGAAAAGACAUAGAUAACAGACAAGUUUUCUGAUAGAAAGUUAUUGAGUGUAUAUUCAUUUAAUGCAGGUGUAAUGCACAUUGAUUGGAAGAAAUUAUUUGAAAAUAUGUUGAAAACAACAUAAAUGUAAGGAAAUUAAUUGUGUGAGAAAUGGAUUGAUGAAACGUUUUUUCAAACUUGGUAACAGAAUGAAAGAAAAGUUCUUGUCAAGGAAUUUUGUAAGAAGAAAAAAAUAGGAAAUUUUCUUUUCAAAAUAGCUGAAACGGAAUUAACUUUUUCUGUAGGAAGAAAAUGUGUGUGUUGAUGUGUUGUGCUGGUGUUAUAAUUUGUAGAAGUAAUGUAAAGUGCCUGUAUUGAUACUGGUAGUUGGUAGAGAGAUUGACAAGUCAUUUUAAUCAUUACACUGUUAAUUGACCAGAUGAUUGACUGUAAUGCACAUUGCAUUCUUUUUAAUUAGCACAUGUUCUGCAAAAAAGUCCUUGAUUAAAUUAAAUGUUUUCACACAACCUGUCAAUCUGGACGAAACUAUUGAUCGUUUUAGAGAUUUUUUUUGUUUUUUUUUGACAACUGGAUUUUAUGACAAUGCUUGAAUAACGAACAGUGCAGACCAUGACCAGGUGGCAAGGAUGUGCUGGCUGAUCUUGGUCUGUACUGGUGGCAGGGGUUGCAUCAGUUGCCACCAGAAGACUAUAAAACUUAAAUCAUGGUUAUAAUUUAUUUGAAAAUUUUCAGCACUUCAACUAAGUUUUCAAGUACUUGUGAGGCAUUUCAUCAAAUAAUCUUAAAUCUAACUGGAAUUAAAAAGGCAAAUUAGGCCUCCAAAAUUAAUACCAUUUUUUUCCUGUAAAGAAAAAGUAAAUAAUGGAUUUAGUGCAUGUUAGAUGCUCUUCAUGUGAUGAAAACAGCACUGAAUGAGAAUUAAUUUGUAAUUAAAGUAGGAAAACUGUAAACAAAUUGGUAUUUUGUCUUCAAUAUAAAAUACUAAAGUACCUAACUCUUCUAAUGACUGUAAAACAAAACAUGAUUCUAGUGAAAGGCCAGUGAGUACCUUUGUAGAAAAUGUAACAAGACACUUAAAAAUAAAAAGCUUUUAAGAAAUAAAAAUUAUAACAUUUUUGAAGCAAAAUGAGCCUUUAAUUGGAAAAAUUGUCUAAUUUUAAAAUCUAUAGAAAAUGGUUACUGAUUAUGCAAAUUACCAGCCUUUAUUAAGUUCUCAUUUAAACAUAGAAAUAGCUAUUUUUAAAAAAAACAAAUAUCUGCCUUGAAUUUUGUAAAACCUGAAAUGUUCACACAAGUGUGUUUGCACUUGAACUAAUAACUUCAUACUAUGAACUUCAUUAAUUGAACAGAUAUUGGGAGUUUGGUAACACAUGUUAGGUACUGCACAUUGUCCUUCAUCAACGUCAUUUCAUCAAAUGGUGAUU